AACACGCGUCAAAAAGAAACAUCAAAAAAAUAAAUAAAGUGGUUUAACAAAUAUUUUAAGUGGAAUUAAAAGCCCAGCGCUUACAGCAAAUUGUUAGUUGGUUAUAUUUACAUAAGCAUAAGUGAAGUUUUAAUAAUAUGAUUGAAGACUCUGACAUAAAUUAGAAAACAUUUGUGAUAAUGCAAUUUUACUUGAGCCGAAGAAGCUCUUGCACUUAAACGAAAACGCAAUACAUUUAGGGCUUAGGCGGCAAACGGCAUGUUACUGGGCUUGAACGAGCUGACCACAACGCGGCGACUUUUGUUUAUUGUAGCUGUGCUGCUGAUUGUGCUUUAUGCAAAGAAUAAUAUUUUGCCCAAAUUGGAGUGGUAUUGGACAGCGAUUAGCUUAUAGUCGACAUAAAGAUGACUGACAGACGUGUCUCGUACUUCUACAACGCCAAUGUGGGCAAUUUUCACUAUGGUGCAGGGCAUCCGAUGAAGCCGCAGCGCUUAGCCGUCACUCACAGCCUGGUUAUGAACUAUGGCUUGGACAAGAAGAUGAAAAUUUACAGGCCGUACAAAGCAAGUGCACAGGAUAUGCUGCGGUUUCACAGUGAUGAAUACAUCGCCUACCUGCAGCAGGUGACUCCACAGAAUAUACAAUGCAAUUCCGUCGCUUAUACCAAGUAUUUGGCUCACUUUAGCGUGGGCGAGGACUGUCCCGUCUUCGAUGGGCUUUUUGACUUUUGUGCCAUGUACACGGGCGCUUCACUGGAGGGCGCACAAAAGCUGAAUCACCAUCACAGUGACAUAUGUAUUAAUUGGUCUGGCGGUCUGCAUCAUGCCAAAAAAUUUGAGGCCUCCGGCUUUUGCUAUGUCAACGAUAUUGUAAUUGGGAUACUGGAGCUGCUAAAGUAUCAUCCGCGUGUUCUGUAUAUAGACAUCGAUGUGCACCAUGGAGAUGGAGUGCAGGAAGCAUUCUAUUUAACGGAUCGCGUGAUGACAGCUUCGUUUCACAAAUAUGGGAACUACUUCUUUCCGGGCACUGGCGAUAUGUAUGAGAUUGGUGCCGAGUCUGGCCGCUAUUAUAGCGUUAAUGUGCCUCUCAAGGAGGGUAUUGACGACCAGAGCUACUUUCAAGUGUUCAAGCCGAUCAUUUCAGCGAUUAUGGACUUUUAUCGGCCUACAGCAAUUGUGCUGCAAUGUGGCGCAGACUCAUUGGCUGGAGAUCGGCUAGGCUGCUUCUCGCUCAGUACUCGCGGUCAUGGCGAGUGCGUUAAAUUUGUCAGGGGUUUAAAUGUGCCCACAUUGGUAGUGGGCGGUGGCGGAUACACUUUGCGCAACGUUGCUCGCUGCUGGACACAUGAAACUUCGCUUCUAGUCGACCAGGAAAUUGCUAACGACUUGCCCGUAACGGAGUAUUAUGAUUUCUUUGCGCCAGACUUCACACUACAUCCAGAGGUCAACUCACGGCAGGACAAUGCUAACUCAAAACAGUAUUUGGAGCUGAUCGUGAAGCAUGUGUAUGAAAAUCUUAAAAUGUGCCAGCACUCACCAAGUGUGCAAAUGGUGCAAACGCCGCCGGACGUUGAUAUAGAGGAGCUACGUAUGAAAGAGGAAACGGACCCAGAUGUGCGCAUGUCACAGACGGAUGAGGAUAAACUGGUUGAAGCAAAGAAUGAGUUUUAUGAUGGUGAUCAAGAUCAGGACAAACCAGAUUCAGUAGAAAGUUAAUUGUAUACAAUAAUGGCAC